AUGGCAUCCCGUUGGUGGCCUGCCUCGAUGCUCUUGGCUUCACUGCUGUUUCUCUACUGGACGACCUCCUCUGCUCGGCCCCGUGACCCCGUCACAGCUGACCUCUCACCACCUUACAGGGCUCGCAGAGACCUGCCUGAAGACAGCAGAGACCGAGCUGAUCAAGUUCUGAAUGUUGUCAAAGAUUCUCUGUCUCUGUUUAAAGACGUGAUGGAAAAUAUUAACCCUGAUAAGGUGGUAGGUGUAAUCAAAAGCCUUUCAAACUUUGCUAGCCUGGCACCUGGCAUCGGAGGUGUGGCCUCCUCUGUCAUCAGCACGGUCCUAGUCUUCAUCCCACAGGACGACCCAGUGCUGAAGGCAGUGAAGGAAGGCUUCGCUGAAGUAAACAGGAAGAUGGAUUCACUCUCCAUCCAGAUCUCUGACCUGACAAGAGACGUAGAGUGGUUCGGCUACAUCAGCGUCUACUCUCAAGAUGAACUCCGCAUCCUCAACGCCUGGAGGAAGUUCAACGAGUUUCGAGAGAGUGGCAAGCUGAUGCGAGAUGAGGACAAACAGCGACUGGCACAAAUAUUCACCAACUACUAUGAGAACACGGGAGCUGAGACCGGUAUGACCAACUUUUACCAUUACCUGACAGUCACCAGCACGUCUCUGAGCGGAAACAUCAACGAACUCCUGAAGAGAAAGUUUAAAUGUGACACGAGUCAGAUCGGAAAAUACAACUUGUAUUUAAGCAGCCUGCUGUGGAAGGGGAUGCUAGUCAACCAGUUCUACUGGAAACUCCUGGGUUUAAACACAGCAGCCAAAGAAGCUGAACACACGCAGAUGUUCAAGAAAGUCUCUGAAGCUCAGAUUUCAGCUGUACAGUUCUGUCUGACCAACUAUGAGCAGUUCAUGAAGAACGAUGUGAUAGAGACCGCCAAAGCUCACAGUGCUAAUAACAAGCAAGCCAUCGCUGUUCAGGUGAAGACGGUUCUGGACCGGAAGUACAACUGGUACAGCUGGGUGGUGGUGGUAUAUGACACUGAUACAAACACGGACUAUGUAUUUUACAAUAUGACAAAGAUCCCUGUGGACAGUGUCACUGUGGCUGUGGGCUACACUCUGAAAGAAGACCAGGACACUAAAGCAGCAGCAGUGGUAAAGGAGCUGGACUCGUGUCACCCGGAGCUAAAUUACUUUCAUAUGAUAGACUGCGAUCAAUUGGCACAGAAUAUUUUAAACUGCAACCGUGAGGUCGAUGGAGUUUCUGUAGGUCAGUUUUUCAAGGUGAUGCACAGAAUCCAGUUUGUGUCGGAGGACUUAGUGGAAGUCCCAGCAGCCAUGAAGUCCUACAGAUGUUCGAGGUCUGCUUUGUAUCCUAGUUUCUCAUUCCCAUUUCUCGACCUUAAUGACUUCAGUCAAAUCUGCAUCCAUUACUCCCGGUCACUUGCCGUCUGCAAUCCUGAUACGUGUCUGAACGGGGGACAGUGCAAGAGGCUGCUGGACUCCAACCAACACCUGUGCGACUGCCCCGACAGUUACCUGGGAGACAGGUGUGAACACAAGAUGAACACCACUGUGCCGCCAAUAGAUGUAGGGUUUACUGUGAUGAGAGCUCAGCCGUCACCGCCGAACUAAAUCUGGAGGAUCGGCGCACACUCAUUAAAAACCAAAUUACUGUGAAGUUCACAGAAACUCUGUAGCUCAUGAAAAAAGCAUCAGUAGAAUAAAGCUGUCAAUGGAAAAUUGUACUUAGUAGUCAGUAUAAUCUUUUAAUGAUAUAAGUUUGUAUAUGGUAGAA